CGGCGUUUGCCCGCUUCAUGGAUCCCGAAGAGGCGGCCCUCGUGUCGGCGAUCCAGGCGGAGGACACCAGCGACGAGGCUAUCAAAGCCAAGGAGCAGGCCAUCUACAAGCUCGGAGAGCUGUACGCGCGCAAGCGCGAAGGCGACAAGGUCGCGGCACUCAUCUCGUCGCUGCGCCCCUUCUUUGCAAUCAUACCAAAGGCGCGGACGGCCAAGGUGGUGCGGACGCUCAUCGAAGAGGUCGCCAAGAUCCCCGACUCGAUGGCGCUCCAGAUGCGGCUCUGCAACGAGAGCAUUGAGUGGUGCCGCGCCGAGAAGCGCUCAUUCCUGCGGCAGCGGAUCCAGACGCGGCUGGCGGCGCUGCUGCUCGAGUCGAAGCAGUACACGGAGGCGCUCGCCCUGCUCUCCGAGCUGCAGCGCGAGGUCAAGCGCCUCGACGACAAGCCGCUGCUCGUCGAGAUCAACCUGGUGGAGAGCCAGGUCCACUUUGCUAUCCUCAACCUGCCAAAGAGCAAGGCGGCGCUGACGGCGGCGCGGACGGCGGCCAACGCGAUCUACUGCCCGCCGAUGCUGCAGGCGCAGAUCGAUGCGAUGGCGGGGACGCUGCACGCCGAGGAGAAGGAGUACAAGACGGCCUUCUCCUACUUUUACGAGUCGUUUGAAAACUUCGAGACGGUCGGCCACGCGCGCGCAGAGGCGAUCCUCAAGUACAUGCUGCUCUGCAAGAUCAUGAUGAACAGCCCAGAGGAGGUUGCUGCAACGAUCGCGGGCAAGUCGGGGACAAAGCACGCGGGGCCGGGGCUCGAGGCGAUGAGCGCGGUGGCGGAGGCGCACAAGCAGCGGUCGCUGCACGACUUUGAGCGCGCCCUCGCGGCGCACGCCGCGGAGCUCGACGGCGACAAGGUCAUCAAGCGCCACCUCGCGUCGCUGUACGACAUGCUGCUGCAGGAGAACAUCUGCCGGAUCAUCGAGCCGUACUCGACGGUCGAGACGGCCCACAUCGCGACGCUGAUGAGCUUGCCGCUCCUCAAGGUCGAGGAGAAGCUCUCGCAGAUGAUCCUCGACAAGAAGUUCCGCGGCAUCCUCGACGCGGGCGCCGGCUGCCUGAUCGUGUACGAGGACUCGGCUGCAGACACUACCUACCCGCAGGCGCUCGAGACGCUCGACAACAUGGGGCGCGUCGUCGACGCGCUGUACGACAAGGCGCAAAAGCUGGGCGUCACGUCGCAGUCGCAGAGCGUCGCCGCUCCGAAGGCUUGAGAGAGGUAGCGGGUUCUCGAGACGGAUUGGACGGAUGGAGGAACGAGCAGAACACGCGCCAUAUACAGCCGCGCGUUCGCGUUACGCCCGUCAUGUCAUUGCGAGUUUUAUGAGAACGCCUUGCGCAUUGCCGCGGGUCUGAGCCCCACGGCAUUCAAAGUGCAAGCACUGGCCCGGCGGAGAGAAUGCGGACGGAUCUCCGCACAACACCCGGACACCCGCAUCGCCGCAACGGCAAGAGCAAAGACCAAGAGAACAUCAUGCGAGUUGCGAACGCCCCAGCGCAGCAGCGCAGGCCGCCCAAGCCCCGGAAAUUGUGAGAACCCCGAUCCCUCUCAUGUCUCCUCUAGCAUGUCUCUCUAGCUAGCUCCUCGCGCCGCCCUGCGCAUCGCCCGCACCCAGUGAGACAGCUUGAGGCGAUCCGGCACCGCCGACGCGCGGGGCCCCUUCCCCCCGUCGCGCGUGGCGUGCGCCGCCGCCCACGCGCGCAACGCCGUGGCGUUGACGUCGGUCGACAUGUUCGCCACCUGCACUACGGGCAGCCCCGCGUACAGCCCUCCGUCGCCGUCCACGCUAACGCCGAGCGGGCCGCGCUCGACGAUCACAAUCAUGCCGAGGGCGAGCGACUCCCACGUGCGGAAGCAGUCUGGCCCGUGCCCCGGCGGACUCAGGUCAAAGAGGUAGCGCCCCUUCUGCUCCCACAGCUCCGCGCGGCGGACGCGCCGCUGCGGCACGACCAGCCACGGCUCGCCUUUGACCCGGUGGAAGAUGGCCCUCCGCGCGCUGUUC